AGAGCAUGGGAGAGAUUGAAGGGACGUACAGAGUCCUACAGACACCGGGGACACGCUUGGGAACCCAGAGCCCCACUGGGGUGAGCACACUGGAGCCCGGCCAGGGCCUGUUGGCAGCAAUGGCACGGAACCCAGCCCGGGCGCAGGAGAAGCACCUCCAAGUCAGGGUGAAGCUGCUUGAUGGCACCGUGGAGACGUUCGACAUUGAGAUCUGGCUCGAACCUAUGAAGCCCAUCGUUAGGCAAGUCCGACGCCCAAAGAACACCUUGCUACGCCUAGCUGUGAAGUUCUUCCCGCCCGACCCAGGCCAGUUGCAAGAAGAGUACACAAGGUACCUGUUUGCCCUACAGCUCAAGAGGGACUUGGUGGAGCGACAGCUGACCUGCAGCGACACCACUGCGGCUCUCCUGGCAUCCCACCUCCUGCAGUCGGAAAUCGGGGACUAUGAUGAGACGCUGGACCGAGAGCACCUCAAAGUCAAUGAGUACCUGCCUGACCAGGCGCUCUCUCUGGAGAAGGUGCUGGAAUUCCACCAGCAACACACGGGCCAGACACCAGCCGAGUCGGACUUCCAAGUGCUGGAGAUUGCGCGUAAGCUGGACAUGUAUGGCGUCCGGUUUCACGUGGCUUCUGACCGGGAGGGAACCGAGAUUAACCUGGCCGUUUCCCACAGGGGUGUCCUUGUGUUCCAGGGCACCACCAAAAUUAAUACUUUCAAUUGGUCCAAAGUCCGUAAACUAAGCUUUAAGCGGAAAAGAUUUCUUAUUAAACUCCACCCAGAAGUCCAUGGGCCUUACCAGGACACUUUAGAGUUUCUGUUGCGCAGCAGAGAUGAAUGUAAGACUUUCUGGAAGAUUUGUGUGGAGCACCACACCUUUUUUAGGCUUUUUGAUCAACCUAAGCCGAAAGCUAAAGCGGUCCUCUUCAGCCGCGGCUCCUCCUUCAGAUACAGUGGCAGAACUCAAAAACAGCUAGUAGACUAUGUGAAAGACAGCGGGAAAAAGAAAAUCCCCUAUGAAAGAAGGCACAGCAAGACACGGAUGUCCGUUCGAGCUCUGACUGUGGACGUGCCCAAGCAGAGCGUCUCAUUCACGGAGGGCAUCAGGACUCCUGUCUCCCCCUCUUCAGCACACGCCGCCUUCUGUUCUGUACCUGCCUCCCCUGGGGCCCCGGCGACAGGCUUGCUUGGUUCCAAGGACAGCAGCUGCUUCCUGACAGCCCCCCAGAGUGUGGCCACAGACAGGAACAGUGGUGCCUCGGAUGGGAGCCCCGACACCACGUGGCCCCAGGGGCCGCCAGAACCCCAGGCCGGCCCAGGCUUCCCCACGCAGACGCCUCAGCCUUCCCCCUCCGCCCAGAAGAGCCCCCCGAGCUUGACCUCUGCGCUCCAGGUGACCCUGAGCCCCGGGGCGUGGAGCUCCUCCCCACUCCUGAGCCCCGUCCUCGGUGAUGCGGGCAGAGCCAGGAUGGACGACGAUGAUGAGCCCGCACAUAAGCGCCUGCCCACAGACCACACCUAUUUUAUAGCAAAGGAGAUGCUGAACACAGAGCGGACCUACCUGAAGGACCUGGAAGUCCUUACCGUGUGGUUCCGCAGCGCCGUGGUGAGGGCGGAUGCCAUGCCUGAGGGCCUGAGGACCCUGCUCUUCUCCAGCAUCGACCCCGUGUAUGAGCUGCACCGCGGUUUCCUGCGCAGGCUAGAGCAGAGGCUGGCCCUCUGGGAGGGACCACCCUCAGGUACCCCCACACGUGGUGGCCCCCUCAGGAUCGGGGACAUCCUGCUCAGGAACAUGCGGCAGCUACAGGAAUUCUCCGGCUGCUUCCAGAGGCAUGCUGAGGUGCUGACCGCGCUGGACAAGGCCACCAGGCGCUCCAAGAAGCUGGAGGCCGUGUGCAAGGACUUCGAGCUGCAGAAAGUCUGCUACCUGCCGCUCAGCGCCUUCCUGCUCAAGCCCGCCCAGCGGCUGGUCCACUACCGCCUGCUGCUGACCCGGCUGUGCAGCCAGCUCCCACCUGGCCACCCCGACCUCCCGGACUGCCAAGAGGCUCUGACGGCCACCACAGAGGUGACAUCGGCACUGCAGCCCAGCCUCAUGUGCCUGGGAAACCUGCAGAAGCUGAGGGAGCUGCAGCGGGACCUGGCCGGCAUUGAGGGGCUCGUGGUGCCCGGCAGGGAGUUCCUCCGGGAGGGCUGUCUGUGCCAGCUUACUGCAAAGGGGCUGCAAGCCAGGAUGUUCUUCCUGUUCUCCGACAUGCUGCUGUACACCAGCAGGGGCUUCCCAGGGACCAGCCGCUUCCAGGUCCGGGGCCUGCUGCCCCUGCACGGCAUGCUGGUGGAGGAGAGCAGGCAGGAGUGGUCCGUCCCCCACUGCUUCACCAUCUACACCGCCCAGAAGACGGUCCUGGUGGCAGCCAGCACACGCCUAGAGAUGGAGAAGUGGCUGGGGGACCUCAGCUCAGCCAUCGAAGCAGCCAAGAAAGGCAGCCCCAGCCCUGCACUCCCGACCGGACCUGCAUGUGCCCGCACCCCCCGACCUGCUGACGAGGCUGCCCCAGAGCAGGAGUCCGAGGAUGACAUUCAAGUUGCCCACGGCUCCCCAGAGGGGCUGGGCCGGCACCGUGCCAACACCACCCUGCAUGUGUGCUGGUUCCGCAACACAAGCGUGUCCAGGGCAGAGCUCAGUGCCGCCGCUGAGAACCAGCUGUCAGGGUACCUGCUGAGGAAGUUUAAGAACAGCAGCGGCUGGCAGAAGCUCUGGGUGGUCUUCACCAACUUCUGCCUCUUCUUCUACAAGACGCACCAGGACGACUACCCGCUGGCCAGCCUCCCUCUGCUGGGCUACAGCAUCAGCCGCCCCGAGGGGGCCGACGGCAUCCAAGAGCAGCGUGUCUUCAAGCUCCAGUUCAAGUCCCACGUGUACUUCUUCCGUGCAGAGAGCGAGUACGCACUGGAGAGGUGGAUGGAGGUGAUCUCAGGGCAAGCAGCACCGCUGGAAGGGAGUCCGGAGGGCCGAGUGCCAUGCCCACGCCCGCACCCGCAGAGCAGGCCUGCAGGAUGCCAGCCCCAGAGGACGACAGAGGGCCAGGCUGGCCAGCGUGCUGUGUCCAGGGCAGAGGGGGUACCCUUCACUCCGUAACUUCACGAAGCAGACAGACUGGCGUGGUGCACCCGACCCUUCUCAGGGCCUGACUGGGCCCAGAGCGGAUAAGCAGAGGUCUUGGGAGCCGAGGGUCUGGGAGCAAGGCUCCAAGAUGGACCCUCCCAAGCCCAGCCUGGCCAGGUGCACUUGGAGACAGCAGGACACCUGGGUCAGGGGCUUGGUUGGCAGCCGGCACCAGUCCUGCCUUCUGGGGGGCACUGGUUUUUGGGGACAGGGAGGGUCACACUAAUACAACACUUCCAAAUAAAACAUCUCCACAGAC